AUGCUGAAGCUGGCCUCCGUUUCCUGCUCUUCUCCUGUGACCUUCAGCUGUCAUUUACUAAACUUAACCCUACCCCCUACCCCCUACCCCCUGUCCCCUACCCCCUACCCCCUACCCCCUGUCCCCUCCCCCCUACCCCCGUCCCCUGUCCCCUACCCCCUGUCCCCUGUCCCCUACCCCCUGUCCCCUACCCCCCUGUCCCCUACCCCCUGUCCCCUGUCCCCUACCCCCUGUCCCCUACCCCCCUGUCCCCUGUCCCCUACCCCCUGUCCCCUACCCCCCGUCCCCCCCGUCCCCUACCCCCUGUCCCUGUCCCCGACCCCCUGUCCCUACCCCCGUCCCCUGUCCCCUACCCCUGUCCCCUACCCCCUGUCCCCUACCCCCCUACCCCCUGUCCCCUGUCCCCUACCCCCUGUCCCCUACCCCCUGUCCCCUGUCCCCUACCCCCUGUCCCCUACCCCCGUCCCCCCCGUCCCCUACCCCCUGUCCCCUGUCCCCUACCCCCUGUCCCCUACCCCCGUCCCCUGUCCCCUACCCCCUGUCCCCUGUCCCCUACCCCCUACCCCCUACCCCCUGUCCCCUACCCCCUGUCCCCUACCCCCUACCCCCGUCCCCUGUCCCCUACCCCCUACCCCCUACCCCCGUCCCCUGUCCCCUACCCCCUGUCCCCUGUCCCCUACCCCCUGUCCCCUACCCCCUACCCCCUACCCCAGUGACAUCCCGGUCAUGCUCAUGGUUUAA